AUGGCCGGAACUAUCGUGUCUGAUCUCGAAGAAAUUACCUUCAAGGCGCCUCUCCCAGGCCACUUCGUCGGCCAAUUCCUCCCCGCCAGCAACACAAUUGCAGAGUCACCCACCAGAACCCCCAUCACCACCUCGCCGUCAACGCCCGCCAGCCGAAUCGAGUCCUUACCGUAUGAGAUUAAGCUGCAAAUAGUGUCGCUACUUGAUGUCUGCGUCGUCAACGACUUGCGGCUCGUUUGCUCGUCUCUCCGAGAGCUCGUAGACGCGCACCUCGACUUCCAGCUUGUCCAGGCCCUGCCCAAGCUCAUGCGUGCGGUUUGCCAUUUGGGAUGUCGCUACUACACCCUAGCAACCCUAGCGGCCGCCGUUCGCGACAAUCGCUGCAGUUGCUGCCAGAACUACGGGGAUUACCUGUAUCUCCUGACGGCUGAACGCCUCUGCUACCACUGCUUCCGCGAGCAGCCUGACUACGUACCCAAAGCUAUCAAGGCGCCAUCACCGUCGCUGCUCGCUGCACUCGAGUCAAAGGCGCCUCUUGCUACGGUUCCUCCAGGCGCCUACGGUUUAUUUGGCAAAGCCCGCCUAGAACGGCCCCAGUUGGUCAUAGAUAGAUGGGCUCUCGCACAUCUCAGCGCACAAGAGCGGCAACAGCUAGGGGGUGACAACGACUCCCUCGGUGACUCGGAACCGGAAACGGAAAGACAGGGCUAUCUGAGCCAGACAAGCCUCAACCACUCAUCUCCGUGGGCAACAGCCCUGCUCCCAGCAAGGUAUACCGUCGUACUGCCGGCGCCGUACUGGGAGCAGGAAACGCAGACGUUCCACGCGGGGGUAUUUUGCCGCGCUUGCGCGAUGAGCGCCGAGACGCAGAGUCACCCGCCACGCUGCCUGCCCAGAUCUCUGUUCUGGGAUUACCCGUACCGACGGUACACUGAGAAGGAGGGGAUGCGGAGACACAUGGAGGAGUGUGGUCCGGUGCGGAAGGUUGUCACCGCUGAUGGUACUGGCGCCAAGUAUGUCCAUGACUCGGCUCCGGGUAAGGCAUUCGUCAGGCCGGAUGAGUUGUGUCGUUCUGCUGCUCCUUCAAAUGGAUUUCGAGACAAUUGA